AUGGGCGUCCGUGGCGUGGAAAUCGCGGCCCCCUUUCUCCGGAAAGUCUACUCGAUCGUCUCCAACCCGGAGACGGACGACAUCGUUUCGUGGUCCGGAAACGGCAAGCAGUUCACGGUGCACCAGCUCAACGACUUCAGCACCAAGAUCCUGCCCUCGAACUUCAAUCACCCGAACUUCAGCAGCUUCGUGAGGCAGCUCAACUCCUACGGCUUCCGCAAGGUUGAGCACAGCUCGUGGACGUUCGCCAACCCCGACUUCUACGAGGGCGGAGAGGAUAACCUCAAGAAGAUCAGCCGCAAGACGUCCCAGAAGAAGCAGGAGGAGAUCCGCCGGGGCGCUUGGGACGACGAGAGCGCGUUUGGCGUGGGGGGCGACCCCCGCCGCACCGCGCUCGACCUGCACAUGCGACAGGAGCUCCAGAUCUGCCGCCUGGAGGUGGCGCACCUGGUUCACAGGAUCGGUACCGUCGAGCACAUCCAGGAGCAGCUCUUGGCACUGCUCAUCAACCCGCAGAAUAGCGCGCAGAGGGCCGCGUCUUCGGGCAUGCAGCAGCAGGGCGGCGGAGCCAACGCCGGGCAGAUUGGCGACGUGCUCGAGUCCCUGUACAAGCAGAUCAGCGAGUCGCGGCACUCCGGGGACGCGACGAAUCUCGGGGGCUGGGGCGCGUACGGAGUCAACGCGGCGGUCGCGAGGCACCCGGGGCUGGCGGGAGCCGCCGCGAUGGGCGGGUUGGGCCCGCAGGCGAGGCACGACCUGGGCGGCGGGGUUAACGGCGGCUUGCAGUUUGGUUACGACGCGCUCAGCGGCCUCGGCGUCACGGGCGCCGGGACGGGGGGCGUGUCGAACGGGGCGGGCAGGUCGCAGCUCGAGGCUUUGUACCAUCAGGCGACCAAGUGAGGAGCGAAGACGAUGAAACCGAAAUUGGGGGCGGGGCGCUGACCCGCGCAACGGACGAACGCUGCAAAAAACCGCGUAUUGUCGUUUGGGGGCGAUUGGAUUGACGGUACGCUCCUCGUCGCGGAGCUACCUUCAUCACGCAUGCACACCGGGAUUCUAUUAACGUAGGUCGAAGUACCAAAGCACACGUGACACAUCUGAGAGUUAACUGAGAGUUAAAAGUUAAAC